AUGAGACAGGCGUUUUUUUCUUACAUUUUCACGCUGAGCCCCACAUUUUUUCUGCGCAGGCGCCCCUCAACGCCCAAUGUGGCGGGGGGAUCUGGCUGGACCGGUGAGACCUCGUGCGAAGCCGGGUCGUCCUGCGUGGCCGUCGAUGCGUCGUACAGCCACUGCGUGCGUGCCAUUGCUGUGCGGCAGGAAGAGGAGCAGGAGCAGGAGCAGGGGGGUGACGCUGAGGAGGAGAAGGACAAGAAGAAGGAAGAGGACGCUGGGCAGGAUUCUGAACAGGAUUCGGGCAGCGGUUCUGGGGACGAGGAGACUGGCGGUGAUGCCGGGAAUGAUGCCGGCGGCGAGGAAGCGGGUGGUGAUACCGGCAAUGAUGCCGGUGGUGACGCCGGUAGCGACAGCGGCAACGACUCUGGAAGCGGCUCUGGCAACGACACGGGAAACGACAGCGGCAACGAUGAUACGUCAGCUUCGACCCUGCAGACGGUCGUCACUUCGGCCGCCCCCGCUGCGUCUUCGAACCCCGACUCGGGCAAUGACUCGGGCAACGAUUCCGGCAGCGGAUCCGGUGACGACACGGCCACGCCCACCGAUGCGGACUCCCCCUCGGCCUCCGCGUCCCUGAGCCCCGGCACACCCAGCCUCUCGGGCGCCCUGCCGUCGGCGACAUCAGCACUGCCGGUCAACCCCGGUGGGUCGGGCACGGCCAACGGCAACAUUCCGGCGCCGGCGGGCACGGAACUGGCGAGCGCACCGAUCAAGGUGUCAGGCGCGCUCGACGGCGGCAUGAAGCUGUACGACCGCGACACGGUCGUGUGCGCGGGCCAGGCGGAGGGCGGCGACGCGGACGCCAUCUUCAUCCUCGACGACGGCGCGACCCUGUCCAACGUCAUCAUUGGGCCGAAACCAGGGCGAGGGCGUGCACUGUCUGGGCACCCUGGCACGCUCGAAGAACGUCUGGUUCCAGGGCCGUUCAACGGCUUCGGCACCGUCGAGUGA